AUGCCGUCAAACACGGACUACCACGUCAAUCGUGAGUUCCGGAUGGGCGAAAGCUCCAAUUCCAUGGCCAUGGCGCCAGCCACGCCACGGAUGAUGGGAAAGCGCAGCAAUCACGCCAGCUACUCUAGUCACGGCAAUAACGACACUUCCUCCGGACUUAUGCCCGCAGUAGAUGUCUCUGGGUCCGGACAAGUGAGCGCCAAAGCUACUGCGGCUAGCAACGGGCAAGAGAGCUCCAGCGCCAACGCGAAACAGUUUCAUCGGAAAAGUCUGGGAGAUUGGGACUUCCUCGAAACCGUGGGAGCCGGCUCUAUGGGCAAAGUGAAACUGGCAAGGCACCGCACGACUCACGAGGUAUGCGCCAUCAAGAUUGUGAACAGAGCCACAAAGGCCUUCCUCCACAAGGAAUCCCAUAUGGUUCCGCCCAGAACCCAGGAGGAAAUCAUGGAGCGCGAGCACAAGCUCGAAAAAGAGAUUUCUAGGGACAAGCGAACUAUCAGAGAAUCAUCUCUUGGCCAGAUACUUUACCACCCACACAUUUGUCGUCUUUUUGAAAUGUGUACCAUGAGCAACCACUUUUACAUGCUGUUUGAGUACGUGUCUGGGGGGCAAUUGCUCGAUUACAUUAUUCAGCAUGGAUCGUUACGUGAACGUAGCGCUCGCAAAUUUGCACGCGGAAUUGCCUCCGCUUUACAGUAUUUGCAUAUGAACAAUAUUGUGCAUCGGGACCUGAAAAUUGAGAACAUAAUGAUCUCCACCUCAGGAGAGAUAAAGAUUAUCGAUUUUGGGCUUUCCAACAUGUUCAAUCCUAAAAAACAACUCCACACUUUUUGUGGCUCGUUAUAUUUCGCUGCUCCCGAACUACUAAAAGCAUGCCCUUAUACUGGUCCCGAGGUCGACGUUUGGUCUUUUGGAGUUGUGCUGUACGUCCUGGUAAGUGGUAAAGUACCAUUUGACGAUGAAAACUCCAGCGUACUCCAUGAAAAGAUCAAACAAGGCAGAGUAGAUUAUCCCCAACACUUAUCGAUAGAAGUCAUUUCGCUAUUGUCAAAAAUGCUAGUAGUGGAUCCUAGUAAACGUGCCUCUUUGAAGCAGGUUGUGAAUCAUCAAUGGAUGCAAAGGGGAUACGAUUUCCCUCCACCGUCCUACCUCCCUCAUCGGGUUCCUUUAACAUCCGAGGCUUUAGACGCCGCUGUAAUUAAAGAGAUGUACAGACUGGAAUUUGUUGAUGAUGUCGUCGAGGCGACAGCUUGGCUGCAAAGAAUACUAGCGAAUCCGGAAUAUCAGCAUUUAGUGAAGCAAUUUUGGUUAAACGUCAGUAAAGGCGGCGUACACGAAGACCCAACACGCGCCUUCCAUCCAUUGCUAUCUAUCUAUCAUCUGGUAGAUGAGACUUUGAAAAGGAAGCUCGCAAAGCAGCAGAAAAGGGCUGCUCUUUUGGCAGCAAACCAAGUUCCACAAGCCUUGGAUGUCCCUACUUCGGGCCCAAUCGCGGGCGCCCCAGCCACUCCAGGUACAACUCCUCUAAUGUCACCAGCUACCUCUACAGGACAGUCACCGCCACCUUCUAAACGGGAGCCUUCUACUCUAAUGAAAAAGCCCACCGUGGUUCCACCUUAUCCUGUGGUGAGCCCGCCCCCGGAAAACCCCCCCACCAAACCAAGGCCUACGGUGAUGGUUCCUCCGAAACUCGCACUUCCUGAACAAGCACAUACGUCUCCAACGAGCAGAAAACCACUCGACCCAGCAUUCCCGUCUACUGAGCUUGACGUUGUACUGUCUCCAACUCCUCAAUCUCAUGAUUAUGACCAGGCAACUGCUGCUCUGCAGAAAAAAGCGGAAAAUAGCCAUCGUCUAGUUUCGUCUCCAAACAAUACGCCAACUGAAAAGACUAAAUUUGGUACCAUGUUCAGACGUUUGUCUCAAAAGCGUCACACUCAGCAUCAAGAAUCUCAACAACAGCAACAACAACAGCAACCACAAUCUCAGCAGAUCCAGCAACCCCAUCAUGCUCAGCAGCAACAACCUGUUCAGCGUCUUUCUGCUCAGCAGGCCCCAGGUACGACGAUGAAGAAAACACAUACUCGUACGGUCUCAGAGAACGUGCCUUCAACAAGAAUUGAGUCGUAUGGAGCACCUUGGCCAAAUAAUUCAGUCAAUACCAAACAACAGGCAGAACUCCCGGCUCUCCCCUCCAACGCCGCAAGCAUGGUCAAAGAUCAACAGCAAGCGGAAGAUGGAAUUCAAAGGUUACAGAUCACCGACGAGGAUAAACCCUUGCCGACUCUUGCAGUUCCCAAGGGCAGAAAAAUGCACCCAUCUGCUAGGGCAAAAUCUGUGGGACAUGCUCGUCGUGAGUCUGUAAAAGUGAUGCGGCCUCCGUUUUCAAAUAAUAUGGAUCAUCAGGUCAUGCACAUGAAUGAUGAUGGGUUUUUGGAAAGCAGCGACGAUGGGCGCUCCGACUACGCGAACAACAUCGAAGUCACUACUGCUCAAGACGAGCGCGAACUCUCAGACCAGGAAAUUCUCGCUAUUGCAUCGAAAGCUCCUAUGGGAUCAAUGCCUUCAAUCGAUUAUCCACGCUCACUAUUUUUGAAAGGCUUCUUCUCAGUACAGACCACCUCUUCUAAACCUUUGCCUAUUGUAAGAUACAAAAUAAUCUCCGUCUUGAACAAGCUGAACAUUGAAUUCAAGGAAGUUAAGGGAGGUUUCGUCUGCCUGCACAAGCAGUCGUACAUCCCACCAACCAAUCAGCAACCUCAGCAACCUAUAAUAAUGCUUAAUGAUGUGUCAUCCAUGGGCAGCAAUAACAGUGGUGGUACUUCUCAUAGACGUAAUUUCUCCGUUGGUGGUCAACAAAGCUCAAUAUCCCGCCAGGGAUCGGUACGACGUCAAGCUUCGUUGAAUAGAAGCCAGCAACCUGGUGUCGCUGCAACUCCCUUGGCGGCAAGUACUCACGAAAGAAACUUGUCCAUCAUCUCGCCUAAUAAUGGUAAUGGCAGUAUCCCUGAGGUAUCAAGUGCUUCUUUAGAGUCUCUAAAUCAAGACGAUAUUUUGACAACUUCAAAAGCGCACAAUCUGAAUAGCACUACUGGCACAACUGUCGAAAAUGAUACAAAGGCAAGGCCACCACUGAAAUUUGAAAUUCACAUCGUUAAGGUUCGCAUUGUUGGACUUGCUGGUAUCCACUUCAAAAAGGUGUCAGGGAAUACAUGGAUGUAUAAAGAACUAGCAUCGCACAUUUUAAGUGAACUCAAUCUGUGA